AGUUUCGUCCUACGGCAGUGGAGGUGUGAAGCAGAGACCAGCAAGGUUUCGUUGGAAGAGUCUGUAUUUGGACCUGCGUGGACUUGGAAUAUUUGAAACAGCUGUUUGUUUUUCGACAGGUAAUUUUCCAUUGCAGUUGGUUUAAGCCCCGGAGGCUAGCAUGGCGAUGCAGAUGCGCGAGGAAAGCACGGCGAAGGUGAACGAGUGGAAGCAGACGUACUAUGGCGGAGACUCUGGGUUCCAGUCAGGAGCCACCACAGUGAGGACGGACGACGACGGCACUGAAUACAGCAGCAAGCAGUACACCACGGUCACCACCACGGUCAUCUCCGACAGCCCCGCCGAUGUGGAGUCUCAGUACGCCCUGACCCGGUCCCAGCGCGUCCGGGCCGCCAUGUUCCCCGAGACCAUGGAGUGCACAGCGGUCCUGUCCACCCAGACGGACGCGUCCCAGAUGACCAACGUGCAGCGGCUGGCCGAGCCCUCGCAGCUCCUCAAGACGGCCAUCGUCCACCUGAUCAACUACCAGGACGAUGCCGAGCUCGCCACUCGCGCCAUCCCCGAGCUGACCAAGCUGCUGAACGAUGAGGACCCGGUGGUGGUCAACAAAGCAGCCAUGAUCGUCAACCAGCUGACCCGGAAGGAGGCGUCCCGCCGGGCCCUGAUGUCGUCUCCCCAGAUGGUGGCGUCGGUGGUCCGGGCCAUGCAGAACACCGGGGACAUGGAGACGGCCCGGGCCACGGCCAGCAUCCUCCACAACCUGUCCCACCAGAGGGAGGGCCUGCUGUCCAUCUUCAAGUCCGGGGGCAUCCCCGCUCUAGUCCGCAUGCUCAGCUCCCCCAUGGAGUCGGUGCUGUUCUACGCCAUCACCACGCUGCACAACCUGCUGCUGCACCAGGAGGGCGCCAAGAUGGCGGUGCGCCUGGCCGACGGCCUGCAGAGGAUGGUGCCCCUCCUGAAGAACUCCAACCCCAAGUUCCUGGCCAUCACCACCGACUGCCUGCAGCUGCUGUCCUACGGCAACCAAGAGAGCAAGCUGAUCAUCUUGGCCAACAACGGUCCAGAGGGCUUGGUCCACAUAAUGAGGAACUACAGUUAUGAGAAGCUGCUCUGGACCACCAGCCGGGUGCUCAAAGUGCUGUCCGUCUGCCCCAGCAACAAGCCCGCCAUCGUGGAUGCAGGCGGGAUGCAGGCCCUGGGGAAACACCUGACUGGCUCCAGUCAGCGCCUGAUGCAGAACUGUCUGUGGACCCUGAGGAACCUGUCCGACGCCGCCACUAAACAGGAGGGUCUUGAUAACCUCCUCCAGACCCUGGUGGGCCUCCUGAGCUCCGACGACGUCAACAUGCUCACCUGCUCCACGGGCAUCCUGUCCAACCUCACGUGCAACAACGCCCGCAACAAGUCCCUGGUCACCCAGGGCAACGGCAUCGAGUCGCUCAUCCACGCCGUCCUGAGGGCCGGGGAGAAGGAGGACGUGGCGGAGCCGGCCGUGUGCGCCCUGCGUCACCUGACCUCGCGCCACCCCGAAGCCGAGAUGGCCCAGAAUGCCGUGCGGAUGCACUACGGCAUCCCAGCCAUCGUCAAGCUGCUCAACAAGCCCUUCUAUUGGCCGGUUAUCAAGGCUGUGGUUGGUCUGAUCCGCAACCUGGCGCUCUGCCCGGAGAACCAGGCCCCUCUGAGGGACGCGGGGGCCAUCCCCCGCCUGGUCAACCUGCUGCUCCAGGCCCACCAGGACACCCAGAAACACGGCUCUGCCGCCCAGCAGACCUACCAGGUAAAUGACGGCGUGAGGAUGGAGGAGAUCGUGGAGGGAUGCACGGGGGCUCUGCACAUUCUGGCCAGAGAUCCUGUCAACAGGGUGGAGAUUGCCAACAUGGACACCAUCCCCCUGUUUGUACAGCUCCUGUACUCUCCGGUGGAGAACGUGAAGCGCGUGUCGGCGGGGGCGCUCUGCGAGCUGGCCCUGGACAAGCAGUCGGCCGAGAGGAUCGACGCAGAGGGAGCCUCCGCGCCCCUCAUGGAGCUGCUGCACUCCAACAACGAGGGCAUCGCCACCUACGCGGCUGCCGUUCUGUUCCGCAUCUCCGAGGACAAGACGGCCGACUACAAGAAGCGUGUUUCCGUUGAGCUCACGCACUCUCUCUUCAAGCACGACCCUAGCUCCUGGGAGGCGGCCCACAACUCAACCAUGGAGGCAGGCUACCCACCAGACGAGAUGGACGCAGCCUAUCAAUACCAGCAGGGCUACCCCGGGGACAUGCAGGAGAUUCCCAUGGACGGUGAAAUGGCCAUGAUGCACGACCUGGACUACCAGGGUGGUGGUAUCCCCUACGACAUGAGGCAACAGGGAUACCCCGAGCCCUAUUAGAACAGACACGCCGACGGGAGCUGGCCGUGAGAGGAGCAGAGAUUGGCCGGAGCGGAAAGGGGGAGGGACGGAACCGGGAUGCGGUCUCUGUUGGCCUCCAUGUAAUAUAUGCAAUUAUCACCAACUCUGGGAGUCGUAAUCGAACAGGGCUUGCAUUCGGUUUUUCUAAGAAUAAUGACGAUAAAGAUGAUGCACAGGUUUUUAGUUGAGGAUGUUUUAAGGGGGUGUGUGUGUGUAUGCUUUUGGGUGGGUAAUCUAUGCCAAAGAGAUUUUAUUUUGUGAUGAUAAUCAUUUAGCGUUCUUUUUUUGUUU